AGGACAUAUUUGCAUCUCAAUGGGUUGUCCCGUAAGUAAAACCACUUCCCUCCUUGAACUUUUCUUCAACUUCUCAGUCACAAGUUGCACAAGGCUCGGAAGCUCAGGACACAGGACUACGCACAAGGUGCUGGAGCUGUUCUGACCUUGAGCAAGUGACGGACAGCAUGGACCCGAGAUGGUGGACGCUGCUGCUGGUCAUCAAACUGACCAUGGCACAAAGCUUCCCAGAGCAGGAGAAGGACCCAGAAUACUGGAGGAACCAGGCCCAGGACACCUUAAAACAAGCACUAGGUCUGCAGCAGCUCAACACCAAGAUAGCCAAGAACAUCAUCAUGUUCCUGGGAGAUGGUAUGGGGGUGUCAACUGUUACAGCGACACGAAUCUUAAAGGGCCAGCUUGCUGGGAAACCUGGAGAGGAGACCAUGCUGGAGAUGGACAAGUUCCCAUAUGUUGCUCUGGCAAAGACGUAUAACACCAACGCACAGGUCCCAGACAGCGCAGGCACCGCCACCGCCUACCUGUGCGGAGUAAAGGCCAACGAGGGGACAGUCGGUGUGAAUGCCGCCGCGGUGCGAGGUCAAUGUAACACCACAAAGGGCAAUGAAGUCGACUCCAUCUUAAAGUGGGCCAAAGAAGCAGGGAAAUCUGUAGGGGUAGUGACCACCACGAGGGUUAACCACGCCACCCCAAGUGCUGCCUAUGCCCACUGCGUCAACCGUGAUUGGUACUCCGAUAAAGAGAUGCCUACAGAUGCCGUGGAGGGAGGAUGUAAGGACAUUGCCUGGCAGCUCAUACAUAAUAUCCCAGACAUUGAGGUCAUCAUGGGCGGGGGCAGAAAGUACAUGUUCCCCAAGAACACCCCUGACGUAGAGUAUCCAAAAGAUGAGAAGGCAAAUGGCACCCGACUCGACGGACUGAACCUCACCCAAGUGUGGAGGGAGAAGAAGCCCCGCAACAAGGCAGCACAUUAUGUCUGGAACAGGGAGCAGCUGAUGGCUCUGAGACCACAGGAUGUGGACUACCUGAUGGGUCUGUUUGAGCCGGGAGAUCUGGUGUAUGAACUAGACAGAAAUAAAACUUCUGACCCCUCCCUCUCCGAGAUGACAACAGUGGCCAUCAACAUCCUAAAGAAGAACCCCAAAGGCUUCUUCCUACUGGUGGAAGGUGGACGCAUUGACCAUGGGCAUCACGACGGUAAAGCCCAGCAAGCCUUAAACGAGGCUGUGCAGAUGGACUUUGCCAUAGGCCUUGCAGGGAGCAUGACAUCUGUGGAUGACACCCUGACAGUUGUCACCGCUGACCACUCCCACGUUUUCACAUUUGGCGGCUACACGUAUCGUGGCAAUUCCAUCUUUGGUUUGGCUCCAGCACUAAGUGAUAUCGACCAGAAACCCUACACAUCAAUACUGUAUGGAAACGGCCCUGGAUACAGAAUGGUCGAUGGAAGCCGCGAAAAUGUCUCCACCGUGGAUUAUACUAAGUCAUCCUACCAGGCGCAGUCUGCGGUCCCUCUAAGCCAAGAGACGCACGGUGGAGAAGAUGUCGCCGUUUUCGCCAAGGGUCCAAUGGCACAUUUGCUGCACGGUGUCCAUGAGCAGAACUACAUCCCUCAUGUCAUGGCGUACGCCUCCUGUGUAGGACAGAACCUCAACCACUGCAAGUCAGCAAGCUCAGGGAAGAGCGGAGAGGUCUCAAUGACCCUGCUGUCCAUCGCCCUCGUCGUGCGGCUGGUCCUGUGAGCAGCGGAGACGCUGACCUCCUACCUCACACUGCCCUGCUCCAUUGGAGGACAUUGGCCCUGCUACACCGUCCAGGGGAUCACUCCACAGCAGGUUCUGUGUCACAAGCAGCAGGAAGUUAAAGCCAAAGACUACUUCACAACCACUAGAGGACCAGGCGGAGCACCAGACGCCCCUCUGCACCCCAAUAAUUAUCAGCCCCGGAACCCCAACAUCCAUUUGGUUGAGUGACAAUCAAUGUGGCCACCACUACCGCUCCCGCAGGGGUCGUCGCCCAGCUUUCCCAGGAUACUGAAUGGCACAUUUUUCUUUUUGAAGAGUCUGCCAGUAAGAAGUCUGGGAAAGUUGGGAGACAACCUCUACAGGAGCAGUAAUGACCGCCUAGAGAUAGACCGGACCGUAUUUAUCGAGGAUCGCUCUGGAUUUAGGAGGGAGGGGGACAGAUGAGGAUUUGUACAUUUAUUAGAUUUUAUUCUUGCAUUUAAUUUUCUGUAAAUAAAAAAGAUCUAA